UGAAAUAGUAUACACUUUACCAGUCAUACACCUACUAGAUUUUGCACACUUGCUUGGUUACAUAUCAUUUAAAAAUAUAUUGAAACUAUAUGCCAACGAGUGAUGUUAACGUUGCGUCGAAAGAAACGAUUUUCUGUGUACCGCAAUUUUUCUUUAAUUUAAAAAAAGUAUUGUUGAUUAUAUAAGCCACCAAAAUACCACGUCAAUUAAUUUUAGGGUUGGAUUUAAAUGCCUUGUUGUGAUCAACAUCUUCGAACCGGUUACGAAUUAUCUACAUCUUAGAUAAAUCUAUUUCCUAUACAUCAGAAUAAUUAAAGACGAAGGGGAUACGGAACGCAACAGAUGGAGAAAAAAUAUAUUUCUUACUGCUUUAUACAGGCUUUUGUUUAUGUGUUGCUGGUUCAGAACAUAGAGAGCCUCACCCUUAUACAGCCCAAUACGGAGUACAGGUCCUGUGGCAAUGGUCAGUAUCUAGACAUCACUUACGGGAGGUACUAUUGUUCUAAUGGGUCGGCAUCAGUUACUGACAUAAUGAACACCAACUGUAACUACAACUCUGCCUGUACCAUUCAGGCACAGAACAACUGGCUCGGGGGGAACCCCUGUGUGGGGAUCACCAAGACCCUCCAGUGGACGGAUGCUUGUAGAGCAAUAUGGGGAGAAUGGGGAGCGUGGUCCGACUGUCCCGGUGAUUGCACCACCCACAACCUUGAGAGGACGAGACCAUGCCUUAAGCCUAUUUCAUGUGGAGCAGCCCCGACCGACUACAUCUCUUGUAAAAGACUUGGUUGUUAUUCAUCUUCUGAAAUUAGCAGAGCAACACCAAAUGACGUUGUGUAUUAUAGUUUGACGACCGACUGUCUCGUUGCCAUGGAUAGAACCAACAUCACGUUCCGAGCUCGCGCAAAACAUGAUAUAUCUUUGGCUCUUGGAAGUGAAGAUAGCUCAACGAGUGGAACUCAUUAUGAAAUUGUAAUCGGAGGUUUCACUAACAGCAAAUCUCUCAUCAGGUUCGCAAUAGGAGGAACUGAAUGUGUCAAUUACAAUGGAAGUCCCCUGAGCGAAUCUUUUUUCGAUGAAUUCUGGGUAUCUUGGACCGGGGGUUCUGUCCGUGUCGGUACCGGAAGUUCUAUUGGGAGUGAAACUUUCAUGACUUGUCCUCACUCAACACCAUACACAGUCAACUUUAUUUGGAUCAUGACAGGAUAUGGUUCCUCCGGGGAAUGGAGAUUUAUAAACGAUGUCGCCUGCCAACAUGUCAUGAACUCCCAUGUUAGUCUUACCACCGACGACACAUCGUGUAACGGUGUAAGUGUCUACGCCUGUAACUCCGGAUACAAACAGACUGCAGGAAACACACAACGCACCUGUGGAUUUGGUAAAAUUCUCUCAGGGUAUCCACUUGUCUGCUCAGUUUCAACAUGCAAAAUUGACAUGCUUUUCAUCAUAGAAGCUUCGGUCUAUACUUCCUCGAUGCAUUCUUCAUUAAUGGCAGCAAUUGGCAAUUUGGUCGGAAGUCUGCAAAUCUCGUCCAAUAAUGUUUUAACUGGAGUCAUAACUUAUGACGACUAUGUAGACUUGAACAUUCAAUUUAAUGACCACUACUCCGCGUCGUCUCUAAAUAGUUCCAUUUCAUCCAUAUCAAUACCAAGCGCCGCAUCUACCGUAAACCUGGCUGAAGCUCUACGAGUUGGAUUUUACGACUUCUUCACUCUAUCCAAAGGAAACAGAUUCACAGCUUUCAGACAUUUUGUUGUCAUUGCGAAAACGUAUUCUUCACAGACAGGUGCCACAGUGGCUGAUCAGAUCAGAAUUAACCUAAAAAAUCAACUCUUUACCGUUGGAAUAUCUCCCUCUACAUCGUUGAUAACCGAUUUGAAGGCGAUAGCAGGUGAUGACAGCAGAUACCUCCAAGUUAGUUCUAUAGACGAUUUGUAUCCCCAGUUCAACACUCUUCUACAGAAUAUUGCUGUUUGCCCUGAAAUAUCUUUUGAACAAUUAACAGUUGAUUGUGAGCUGGAUAUUGUGUUUAUCGUCGAGAGAUACAAUUUGAGAUACACAAAGAGAUUUCUGGCGGAGUUAAUGGACAAUAUCACUGUAUCAAGUAAUGGAAUCAGAGUCGGUAUGGUCUUGUUUGAUUCAGGUGCGUCAACAGUGUUUCACCUAAACACUUACACUUCCUCUGAAUCUGUUCGAAGGGCCAUUGAAUCGAUCUCAGAGACGAAUCAUACCGACCAUUUGGUAGACAAAGGGUUAAUAGAAGCCCGGGACAAUGUUUUUACCUCCACUGGGGGAGAUCGAACGGAUGCAAGUAAUUACUACGUGUUUAUUGUGGGACCAUUUGAAAGUUAUCCAGAAGCAGUAGCAAAGGACAUUAGGAGUAGUGGAAGCAACUACGUCUUUGCCAUUCAUAUAGGUAACCAGUAUAUUACUGAAUACCAAAAAGCAGUUGAUUCAUGUGGAGACUACACCAAAUAUGCAAACGUGGAUUCUUAUGAAAACUUAAUAACCAUUAAAAAUGAUAUUCUCCAGAAAAUCACAUCAUGUGAGAGUGUGAACAUUACAAAUCCUGAUUGUCUAAUAGACAUAGCAUUCAUCAUGGAAGAUACAGACGAACUAAGUGCCACAGAUUUUAACGACAUGAAAAGCUUUUUCGUAAGUUUGGUGUCCCGUAUGAUCAUUGGAGACACGGCUAUAAGAGUGGGCGUGGUGACUUACGCUGAUGGGGCCACCACUGCUUUCCCGUUGAACCAGUACUCUACAGCCAAUGGAGUCAUUAUGGGAAUCACUAACAUUAACCAGGGAAAUAAUGCCUACAACAGGAGCAGCCGUUACGUGGAUAAAGCCCUGAAAUAUAUCCAGAUGGAAUUCUUUACCACAGGUAAUGGGGACCGUUCUAACGCCGCCAACUACUACAUUCUUCUGACUGGUGGACCUUCUGCUGGAAACAAAGCUGCUGCAUUUGGAUCGGCAAUUAGAUCUAUAGCUUCCAGUGAUCUCUUCAUUGUUGGUGUUAACAUUUCCACAAGUCAAGACUCUGCAAUCCUUGAUAUGGUUGAUGGCGACAAAUUUCUGAAGGCUGAAAACUUUUCUGUGCUUCAAUGUAUCAACGAUGUAGUCGUUCCAAAUAUCACACAGUGUCUGGACUCCGUCACUCCAACUAUUUUAGUCACACCAAGUUGCCAGCUGGAUAUUGUGUUUAUUAUGGAAACUUCAGAAUCUUCUUCAAACGAAAAUUAUGUCUUCUUGAAAAGUUUUUUCUCAAAUAUAGCGCGAAAAAUGGAUGUAUCCAGUAGUACUAUACGUAUUGGAGUCGUUACGUACAACACAGAUGCGUACACAACAAUCGCCCUGGACGCGUACAUGACGCCUUCAGAAAUCAGCGACCAAAUUCUGGCAUUACCUGAAGGCACAGACAAGAGAUACCUAAUAGACAACGCCUUGGUUCACACCAAAAAUAACUUCUUUAUAGCAGCCAAUGGAGACCGUGCGAGCGCUGCUAAUUAUUAUGUGUUCGCCAUAGACGGCGUAAGAAGUGGUGCCUCUAUCCAGGCGGAAUAUAUUAUGAAAGGAUGGCCCAGCACAGUGUUUGCUAUUGAUAUCAACAGUGGUUAUGAAAAAGAGUAUAGAAGAACAGCGGGAGAUAAUAGUCGAUAUUUUUAUGCAUCUUCUUAUGCAAACUUAUCCACCAUCGAGUCUGACGUCAUAGCAGCCAUCACGAAAUGUCCUGUUCCACAACCGGUGACCACUACUGACGGUUCUCUCAUGUUCGCUGAUGUCUCUGCUCCUUGUUUGAAUAGCUUGAUCUAUCUAUAUCCUGAGGACUUAACGGAGGGAAAGGACGGAGGCCAAGAUACGAUGUACUUGAUGACUGAUUUUGUGUAUACCAUAACAAGUUGUUCACGCAUCACUUCAUGGGAAUUCUCCCAUUGGAAAUCUGGAUACAUUGACUUCAUGGUCUGGAGGCCAAGUGGUAGUAAUUAUAAACUGGUGGCUUACAACACUAUCUAUGUUUCAGGUAAAAAUACCACAACAUACACGGUGGUUGAGUACGAGAGGAUUGCUGUUCUUCAUGGUGAUGUCAUUGGGUGGCGGAGCAAGGGAGAUAACUUAGUUACAAGUGGACCGUGUUUAGGACCAUGUGCGGAGGGAUACAAAGCGUCACCAAACAAUGUUCAAAUCGGAGAGGAGUUCGAUUGGACAAACUCGGGCACGUCGAUCAAUGGGACUGCAUAUGCUAUUAAAGCAUGCCUAGAAGACAAUACUGCAAUAUCAUUCCCCACAUCGACACUCAGCGCUAAGAUACCUGACCACUUACCUGUCGGAUCUUUUGUUACGUUACUGGAGCCAAACGGCGCAGACUACGCUGAAGUCGUUAAUUAUACCGCCACGCAAUACCAAUCUUAUACAAAUUCUAUGGAAUAUUUCGCUGUUGGCGAGACAACAGGCCAAAUAACAGUGGCUAAAAGGAUGAUGAAAGCAAAAGUUUUGAGUGAUUAUGCCUUCCUUGUCAUAGCCAAAGAUUCCUGCAAUACAACUGCAACGGCAACAGUUUCUAUCCAAACACAGAAUAUGCCCCCCGAGGUUCUUGGUAUGCCCAAUAUCAUUUCCAUAACAGAGGAAACCGAGGGAGAUACAGUAUUGUAUACAACAAUUGUAGAGGAUCCUAGCGGGGAUAGCGUUUGUUGUUCAUUAGAGAGUACGUUACCCAAGACUAACAAUUUCGUGGUUUUCGGCAAUGACACAGGAAUCCGUGUCAAUUAUUCAAUCAUGUCCAGCGAAUCACCUGCAUUUUCUUACAGACAAUAUAAUUCUUACAUUGUAAAGUUAUGUUGUGACGACGACGAAGACAAAUCAACAGGGGUACUUAUUGUCAACAUCAAGAAACCAAACAAAACAACAUCUUAUGAACCACCACAUUGGUUUCUUCUGUCAGUGGCCGUUUCCUGUACGCCUAUAUUUAUUAUGGCGGCUAGUGCGUGCCUUGUGCUCAUACACACAAUGUUUGUACUAGAUUGAUAAAUAUUGUGUUUAUUCUGCUAUUGUUACUUCAUUACUGCCUUAUUUGUUUAAGAAAUCUUAAACCAUCAUGUUUUAAAUGUAAUUUUGGCAGUUAACUAUUUUUUAAACGUUGUAUGUAUGCGAUGAUGUUACACCAAUGCGAUACUUUCAUUGAUUUUAAACGUAUGUUACUUUAUAUAGUAUUAGUAUAUUAUAUAUGAAUAAUUAACUAUGUGCUGAGAUAUUGAUAUGUCAAACAACAUCUUUUUACUAGUUAUGCUAUACCCCCGGCGUCGGCGUCGGCGUCAGGACCUCGUUAAUGUUUUUGUUGCAGGUCCUGUAUCCAAGCUAUUACUUGUCCUUUCUUCACCAAACUUGCAUGGAUGAUGCAUCUGGACCUACUAAUGGACAUGAAAGACUUGGAUGCCGGAUCUCAGUCCUAAAUUUCAGAUGCUGGAGGAGGUUAAGGUUGUUGGAGCAGGUUAAAGUUUUUGUUGCAGGUGCCCUUUGAUAGCAAUAUCUAAGUUAUUGCUGGUCCAUACUUCACCAAACUUGCAUGGAUGGUGUGUCUUAUAAUACUGAUGCACCAGACAUGCUUGAGUGCUGAAUUUGAGCUAUAGGUUUCGGAUGCUGGAGGAGGUUAAGGUUUUUGGAGCAGGUUAAAGUCUUUGUUGCAGGUGCCCUUUGAUAGCAAAAUCUAAGUUACUGCUGGUCCGUACUUCACCAAACUUGCAUUGAUGGUGUGUCUUAUAAUACUGCUGCACUAGACAGGCUUAAGUGCUGAAUCUGAGCUAAAGGUUUCGGAUGCUGGAGGAGGUUAAGGUUUUUGGAGCUGGUUAAAGUUUUUGUUGCAGGUGCCCUCUGAUGAUUAUAUCUUAGUUACUACUAGUCCUAACUUCACCAAACUUUUAUGGAUUGUGCGUCUUAUAAUACUGAUGCACCUGACAAGCUUGAAUGCUGAAUCUGAGCCAAAGGUUUUGGAUGCUGGAGGAGGUCAAGGUUUUUAGAGCUGUUUAAAGUUUUUUCAGCAGGUGCCCUUUAAUGAUUAUAUCUUAGCUACUCCUAGUGCUAACUUGCGUGAAUGGUUUGUCUUAUGAUACUGAUGCACCUGACAGGCUUGAAUGCUGAAACUGAGCCAUAGGUUUUGGAUGCUGGAGGGGGUUAAGGUUUUAAGAGCUGCUUAAAGUUUUUGAAACAGUUGCCCUCUGAUGAUUAUAUCUUAGUUAUUACUUGUCUUUACCUUACCAGACUUCCA